GAUAACGAUAAUAAAAAUGAUGAAUAUUUACUAGCUUUGUUAUAAUGGUUUACAUUGAUUGACUACAACUUAAGAUAAGUUUACAAGUUUGCAAUAUUGGUUGCAAAGUACUAAAUGCUGGUUGUUUUGGGGAUGCUGCCAUGGAGGAUGUAACAGUAUCGGUACCUGCCUCGACAGAGAAGAAACGUGGACGUGGCCCAGCCAAAUGCACUGAGUUUGAGAAGUUUCGUAAGCACGGGCCAAUACAUUUGAAGAUCAAUGAUGGGGAGAUGGCUCCAUGUUGUUCUAAUGCCGGUAUGUUCACAACAAGAAUAACAUGGAUAUUGAAACACCAUGCAGACAUGAGUCACGCAAGGUGGAUGGAUGUACCCAAGCCCGAGAAGGAUGAGUUGAUGGAGCGCAUCCGGGGUGACUUUGAAUUGGAUUGGGAGAAACACAAUCAUCAAAUGGCCGUUUGGAAAGCCCUAAGUAAGCGAUUUAACGCUUAUCACCAUGAAUUGCAUAAGAAGUAUAUGAAGUUUGCCACUCAUGAGGAGGCAUUGGCUUCCGAGACUAGUAUGGUCAACCCAAUAGUAUGGACUAAACUUUGUGAGAGAUGGGGAAGUGAUUCCUUCAAGAACAAGAUGACCAGCAAAAUGGAUGCAUUAGAGCCUGAAAAAUGGACGGAUGAAGCAGCAUCAUAA